AUGGAUUUCGCAACCGUAUUUGAUGACCCGUGGUCUAAAAAGCCCAUCCCUUUGGAAGACGCUGCUGCGCAACACCUUGAGCUAAUCGAGAUAUUUCUGAAACUUAUCACACACUUGGGUGAUGGUAACGGGUAUAUCAGCGAUGAGACGUUGGCAUACUCAGAAUGGCGAUAUAUCGUCUACUCCCGAAUGAUCGACGCACGAGGAUAUUCCCCGAGCGACAUUCCACCACCAUGGGACGUUGCACUUAUCAUGUACCUGCACAUGCUUUCGCCAUCUCGUUUUCACCACUACAUCUAUGAUAAUCGUUCGAAAGUAUUAAAUGGCAUAUUUGGCCUUCGUCACCGGCACUUUCCAAUGACACAGUUACUGUCAGGAGAGUGGUUCCCAAGAAAAAGUCGAAAACAUUGGCUGGACACCAACACACCUGAUCGGACCGCUUGUCCAGGUCCAAACUUACCAUACCAGCUAUGGUCUUAUCCUCCAUGGGAACAAAAGCGACCUUUGAAAGUUGUUUCCUCGGUCCUUGGUAGAGAUGCAUCUCAACCUCCGAGUUCAAGUUCAAGAUGGACUGCACAAACCGAUAGGAAAACUCCGGGUAAAUUAAAGAACCAAAGACCUCGCGUCGUGAUUAUGCAUGAAUGGCUCCGUUGUCGAACAGCUGUUCCAGAGCACGGUUUCAAAGUCUGGAGCAUCGAGGCAUACACGGCAAUAAGAACGCAGCGCGUUGAAGAAAGGUGCCGGAAUCAGAGCCAGCAUGAAGAGUUCAACGCAACUUGUGGACUUCGGCCAUGGCCGGUACUGCAAGAUUUACGAGCCGAACUGGAACAGCAGGUAUCGUUCUGGAAGGUUAUGGUUCAUGUAAAAAACACGCUGCCAGGGUUUAACGACAGUUUAACCAAACAUGUGAACAACUAUAGAGACUACAUGGAUCUAAUUUGUCAUGUGUUAUGGAGGAAGGGCAAACAUGGUCGUUAUAAGUCGAGACUUGACCCAAAUAAUGAAGCCGCUUCUAGUUCAGACAAUCAGACAACGACAAAACCUAUCGGACCGCGAUUCAUCCGCUUAAUGCCCCCGACUAUACAGGUUGAUCUCCUGUGGCAAACCCACCGACUUUACCCAGCCCAUUACUGGCUGUUCUGUUGCGAGCAUGCGGAAUGGGUGGUGGAACCGGAUUCAGGCACAAGAUCGGGUGAUGUGCUUCUCAAGUACACGGAAGAGGAGUGGAAAAAUGCAUAUUCGAAAGAUAUCGAGAGAGGAACGUCAGUUCGAGAAUGGUUUACAGAAUAUGUUCCUUGUGCUUCGAAGCUCGCUCCUCCAGACGUUGGGCGGACCAGCCUGUCCAACAUAGUUAAUGGGAUAAAUGCAGUCAAACAAAGAAGAGUGUUAAGAAGGACGGGGAGAAAUGACGACAUAAGUGGAGGCGGAGGGGCUGGAUUCAGCGGAGGGGAUGGAGGCUGUGGUGGUGAUGGUGGAGGGGGAGGUGAAUAG